AUUCAAAGACAUGGAUUUUGAUGUUAAUAACUCCGAUUUAUCCGAGGAAUUUUUUGAUGCAAGAUCGGAGCAAUUUGACACAACACCAUUAGAAAUGGACCUCACAACAUCUCUAAAGGAGGGAAAACUGGCGAUUAACUAUUUCUUUGAUAACAGAUUUGAAGAGGCUCGGACACUGUUAAAACCUUUUACUGGAACGAGUCUAUAUCAUUCAAUGGGCACUGCAGUGUUUGCAUUUCUUGAGGCAAUGCUUACUUUUGAGAACGUUGACGAAGCAUCCGCCGAACUUAAAAAGUGUAUAGAACUCUGCCAAGGUUUUCGAAAAAAAAACACGUUAAUGGAAGCAAUCAGCAAUACUUUCAAAAAAGAAAAUUACAACAGCCUCACAGACUUGGAAUGUCACGCAGAGCUCUGUAUGGCCGAAGUUUUGCUGAUGAGCGCUUUGCUCACGUUUAUCGAAGACGAAAAUCUUAGUGGACUCAUACGAGGCAGUUUACAAGUCCGUCAAUGCUAUAAUUGUUUUAGAUUCUGUGGACAAAUAAUGAAACACCGCACAUGGGAAUCGAGUCCAACGAGCGUAAAAAUGCAUUUUCGAAGCGGAGUACAUCUGGGAAUCGGUACUUUUAACCUAAUGAUAUCUAUGCUGCCCGUUCGCGUUAUUAAGGUACUGCAAUUUAUUGGACUCUCUACUAAUAGGAAGGAUGGCUUAAAUGAUCUACGCAUAGGAUAUGAAGAAAACGGAUUACGGCAAAUAUUAUGUGCACUAUCAUUGUUGGGUUAUCAUCUAAUGGUUAUACCCAUGGUCAGCGCUAAACUUUCCACGAAUGAUCUCAAACUAUGUGAUGAGAUACUGACUAGCCAAUUGGCCAUAUAUCCGAAUGGUGUUUGGAUGUUAUUCUUGAAGGGGAGAUUUGAAUUAAUCCAAGGCCAUUUAGAUGCUGCUGAGUCGUGGUAUGUGCGUUCCUGGAAAUCUCAGAAUGCUUGGCCACAAUUCCACUAUUUGAGCUUUUGGGAACUGUUAUGGAUUAAUUGCAUUCAGCAGAAGUGGUAUGAUGCUCAAUUUUAUGCUAGCCAAUUACUCGCGAAAAGUAAGUGGUCACGAUCUAUAUAUACCUAUCAAUUAGCUGUCAUCAAAUUAAUGUUAAACCCUAAAUCGGACGAAGAACAAAGGCAAAUUGAAAAAUUAAUGUUGGAGGUUCCAGUGUACAGGCAAAAAAUCGCUGGCAAAUCUUUACCAAUGGAGAAAUUUAUGGCUGGCCGGUCUAUUCGAUAUAAGAGCCAGAAUAAUAGACUCGUCUUGCCUCUGAUUGAGUUGAUGUACCUAUGGAAUAUGUUUAAAUUUAUUGGCAAAAAUUACCAAAUGGCUGAUAGCAUUCUACAAAUUAUAGAUGGUGAGCUCGCCAUGUGUGGAAAAUCAUCUAAUGAUUUAUAUUACGCUGAUAAUCGUGCACUCUGCCUUUUGCUACGUGGAUCGUGCUAUGUCCAAAUGGGUAAAUCAGUAUUAGCUUUACAGGAUUUUACUGAAUGCAUUCAUCAAAAUGGAAUUGUCGAAGAUCACUUUAUAAUCCCGUAUGCCUACGUUGAAUCUGCUCUUUGUCACGCACCUAAUGAUCCAGCUCUAGCAAUAUCCAUGUUGCAGGACGCUAAACGGAAGUUCUCGAAGUAUGCAUUGGAAUCGAGGCUGCAUUUCAGGAUUCAUAUGGCUCUCAUUGAAUUAAAUGGAAAUAGUCAGAAAUAGUGACAUAUAUAUAAAUGAUAUGAUAGUGUCAUGGCC